UGCCCGGAGGGGACCCCCGCGGGUCCGGAAGGCGAGUGCGCAGGCGCGGGGCCUCAGUUGCUGUCAGGCUGAGGCAGCUGUGAGGCGGAGGCCCAGCAGAGAAGCAGUGCUCUGCCUCAGUCUCUGAAUGUGGGCCAUCAAAGGUGGGAGAAAGGAUGCCUAUAGUACAAGGGAAACCAAAAUCCAAGGCACCAGUGACUUUCGGGGACUUAGCCAUCUACUUCUCUCAAGAGGAAUGGGAAUGGCUGAGUCCCAUUCAGAAGGAUUUAUACAGAGAUGUCAUGUUGGAGAAUUAUCAGAAUCUGGUCUCACUUGGUCUUGCCUCCCGGAGACCAAAUAUCAUCACCUUGUUGGAGAAAGGUAAAGCACCAUGUGUGGCCGAGCCAUCAAGAUGGCGCCGAGGCCCUGAAUCAGGAUCUAAAUGUGAUACCAAGAAGUUACCUUCAAAUCAGUGUAACAAAUCUGGGCAAAGCAUCUGUAAGAAACCAGUUUCUUCACAACAAAAUGUUCCCACAGAGAAAACAAAACGUGACAAAACUUCAUUCCCAGGAAAACCCAAGAAAGAACAUUCAGACAAGAAGUCUUUAAAGUGUAAUGAUUGUGGGAAAACCUUUUUUCGGCGUUUAUCCCUUAAACUUCAUCAAGACUUUCACACUGGAGAGAGGUCUUAUGAAUGCAGUAAUUGUGGACAAGUUUUCAGGCAGAUCUUAUCCCUCAUCCUUCAUCAGAACAUGCACAAUCGGAAUAAAAACUAUCAAUGUGAUAAAUGUGGGGAAAUUUUUAAUAAAAAAUUAACUCUUAUGAUACACAGCAGAAUUCAUAAUAGAAAGGAAAAUUUUUACAACGGGAAGGCCUCAGGUUCAUGCACACCUCUCAGUGUACACCAUAAUAAUCACAUUGUUGAGAGUAUCUACCAGUGCAGAAAAUGUGGAAAAGCCUUCAGUCGGAUGUCAUCCCUUUUGCUUCAUAAGAGAAUUCACAGUAGAAAGAAAAUACAAAAAUACAAUAAAUAUGGGAGUGGCUUCAAAAAGAAGCAAGUCCUUGUACAUCAAAGAAUUUGUAUUGGAAAGAAAACUCAUGAAAGUAAGAAGGCCUUAAUUCAGAGUCUCAGGAAGAGAACUCACCAUUUAGAAAAUCCUUUUACGUGUAGGAAAUGUGGGAAGUCCUUUAGUAGGGUCUCAUCCUUAAUGCUUCAUCAGAGAAUUCACACUUCAGGGAAACGCUACAAAUGUGAUAAAUGUCAGAAAGACUUUAGACGUCCUUCGACCCUUAUUCUGCACUUAAGAACUCAUAAUGGGGAAAAGCAGUAUAAGUGUAAUAAAUGUGAGAAAGUCUGGAGUCGGCAUUCAUCCCUUAUUCAACACCAGAAAAUUCAUAAAAGGAAAAAGAAACUCAUUGCAUGCAAAGAAUGUGGAAAGAUGUUUGGUGGAAUUAAAAACCUUAAAGUACAUCUGAACAUUCAUUCAGAAGAAAAACCUUUCAAGUGUGAUAAAUGUAGUAAAGUUUUUGGUCGCCAGUCAUUUCUUACUGAACAUCAAAGAAUUCAUACUGGAGAAAAGCCUUAUCAGUGUGAAGAAUGUGGGAAAGCAUUCAGUCAUCGGAUAUCUCUUACCCGACAUAAGAGAAUUCACAGCGAAGACAGACCUUAUGAAUGUGAGCAGUGUGGGAAAGCCUUCAGCCAGGGUGCUCAUCUUGUGCAGCAUGAAAGAAUUCACACUGGAGAGAAGCCUUAUGCAUGCAAAACAUGUAAAAAGUCCUUUACUCAGCGCAUAUCCCUCAUUCUACAUGAGAGAAGUCAUACUGGGGAGAAACCCUAUGAAUGUAAUGAAUGUGGGAAAGCAUUCAGUAGUGGCUCGGACCUUAUUCGACAUCAGAGAAGUCAUUCUUCAGAGAAACCAUAUGAAUGUAGCACAUGUGGUAAGGCAUAUAGUCGGAGCUCAUCUCUGAUUCGACAUCAGAGCACACAUUCAGAGGAAAAAUCCUAAAGUUGUUGCUAAAUCUGCCAAAACUAAAAAGGAUAUCAAAGAAGUGUUCAUGGAGAUUGUGUGGAAGUGUUCUUGACGGAUCUGUGUCCCAAUAAACUUGUUAUUAGUUGAAACAUUUGAAACAAAUAUAUGUUUAAUAUAUCUAACCUACCAGAUGUGAUUGUUUAGCCGCACAGUCUAAUGUGGAGUCCCAAUUGCUCACUUUCCUGAUUGUGUGGCUUCUUUGAAGCUAUGACCUGAUCCUGCUGCCUAGCAUCUUGUGAGUUAUCAUACUGCAUAUUAUUAGCCUAGGGAAAGAUCACAAUUUGACAUAAUUUUUAACUGAAUGGAUAUCACUUCUUCACCAUCAUAAUGCUGAAAAAUAGUAAAUCAGAAAUCAUUAAUUGGAGAAACUAUCUGUCCAUAACCUAUUUUGUAUAUAUGGGGCCAUUUUAUGGUAUUUUUCCUUUGAAAGCUAAAGAACAAAAGUAGUUGAUGGAUUUUGAACUGAAGAUCUGAAAUCAGCUGAGGUAGGAUGAGAAUACUGGAUCAGGGUUUGUGAGUAAAGGUGCUUUUCAGUUGGCAUUUCCAGUGUAGCUUUGAGGACAUUUCACUGGAUACAUGAAAUGAAAUGGAACUGCAAAGUCUGUUUCUCUGGAUUAUGCUUUGAGCCUGAGUUGAGGUCCCAGGAAAAUAGUGUGGAGUCUAACAGACCAAACAGAAAACAGGGUGCUUCUUUCUCCUGACAGAUAUGUGUUGCAGUAAGAAAAAAAAAGGAAUGAGCUUUAGGUUGUUAAAAAUGGUAUUUACAGGGGGUGUGGAGCAGUAGUUAAUACCACAUUGCCUCCAUGCAUAUGAAGAUACACUGAAAAUUUAGUAUGACUCUGACAGGCUGGGGAUUGCUCAGGGUAUACUAAAGAGUGAGGAACAUCAGAGCAGGAGGAUGUUAUUUUUUUACUUUUUUAUUUGAAAAUAAAUUGUCUAUAUUUAUAUAAGUAAACAGUGUUUCCAUACAGUAAUGCUAGUUGGCAUACAAAAAGUAACUAUUGAGAUAUGUGUUUGUGAUUUUAUGUUCUGAAUAUUUGUGUCACCCCCAAACUCAAAUGUUGAAGCCCUAAACUCUCAAUGUGAUAUUUAGAAAUGAGAUUACUGAGGUCAUGUUGUGGGUGGGCCUUUUUGUUAUGUUUAUUGAUCAAAGACACCAAAGGGCUUGAUCUGUUUCUGUCUCAUGUGAGAACACAGGGAGACAUCUGCAAACCAAGAAAAAGCCCUCACCAAACCUGACCAGUUUGAAACCCUGACCUUGGAGUUCCAGCCCAUGGAGGAACUAUGAGAAUUUAAUUUCUCUUAAGUCAGCCUGUGAUACAGUGUCAUGGCAGCUCAAACUGGUUAAUACAUGGAAAAACUCAGUUAAGUACUAGAUGUUUUCCUAUGGGCUGUCCAGCACAUUCAAUGUAUUUUUCUGUCCUUCUUUCCAGCUUGUGCAAGUUAUAAAAGAAAUGAAGAAUGAAGUCUGAGUUCUUUUCUGUGAUUAAAGUAUAUACAAUCAGGCUCUUUUUACGAGUUUUCCUUCUGCAAAUCCUAUUUAGGAGAAUAUCUGUUUCAUUUCUUCUUGUUUUGUUGUUUUUUGUUUGUUUUGGGGUGUUGUUUUGUUUGUUUGUUUUUCAAGACAAGGCUUCUCUGUGUAUCCCUGUCCUAGAAUUCCAUCUGCAGACAAGGCUAGGCUUGAACUCACAAAGAUCUACCUGCUUCUGCUUCCUGGGUGCUGGGAUUAAAGAUAAGUGCUACCUAUUUCUUUUAAGAAACGUUUAUAUUAUUUGAUCACAUGGUUCUAAUUUUGACCACAAAUGUUGUAGUUUCAGUCAGUAUAAAAUGUCCACUAUAGAUUCAUCAUCCUCAGCUGGCAGGAGGCUCUGGGAAUUUUAGGUGAGGCCUUACUGAAGGAACUAUGGCAUGGGGAUGUUUUGGGGGGCUGAGUCUUGUCCCAUACUCUAAGAACUAUUUUUGGUGGGGGGGCUGGGUGCAGUGGCACGUGCCUGUAAUCCCAGCACUCAGGGAAGCAGAGGCAGGCGGAUCUUACCUGGUUUACAAACUCAGUCCAGGACAUCCAAGGCUACACAGAAAAACCCUGUCUUGAAAAACAAAAACAAACAAACAAAACACCCUUUUAAAAAAAGAAUUUAAAGUUUUAUUUUAUAUGGAUGAAUAUAUGGGCGCAAAUGGCAGAGACCCACAGCUAAACAUUAGGUGGAGCUUGAGGAUCCCCACUUUUAGAAAAUGGUGAGGAUGGAUUGUAGGAGCCAGAGGAGUUGACAGGAGAACAUGGCCCAUAGAAUCAACUAAGUGGGGCUCAUAAGGGCUCAUAGAGACUGAAGUGGCAAUCAAGGAGCUUGCGUAGAUCCACGCUAGGCCCUCUGCGACUAUGUUGUGGCUGUUUAGCUUGGGGUUUUUGUGGGACUCCUAACAGUGAGAGUUGGAAUAUCUCUGACUCUUUUUCCUGCUCUUGAGAUUCUUGUUCUCCUACUGGGUUACCUUGCCCAGCCCCUGAUAUGAGUGUGUCUAGUCCUAUUGCAUCUUGUUAGGCCAUAUUCGGUUGAUAUCCCUGAGAGGCCUGCUCAUUUCUGAAGGGAAACAGGAGCAGUGUAUCUAGAGAGAAGGGAUGUGGGAGGGUGGGGGAGGCAUGACUGGGAGGAGUGGAGGGAGGUGGAAGCUUCAGUCAGGUUGUAAUGUAUGAGAGAAGAAUAAAUAAAAAAAUUAAAAGGUUUAAAAUAUUUUAUGUGUAUGAAAGUUUUGCCUGCACAUA